AGACAUUUCAUCAAACAUGUCAGCGAAGUGGCGCGCCCUUCAGCACCGCCACCGCUACACCUACAGCGCCGUCGUGUUCGCUCCUUCCUUCAUCGACUCUCUCCACCACCUCCUCUCCCACCAACUCUGUUCCCAUUUACACGCCAAACUCCUCCACCUCACUUCCCUCAACUCCACAUACGCACAACUCAACCACGCAAAGCAACUCGCUUCCUCAUUCUCCGACUUCCUCAUCCGCUCCGAACCCGAACCCGAAUCCGUAUCCGAACCCGCGGUCCGUUUGGCUUCUGGGUUUUACUUGGAGCUUGUGUUUCUUGAAAAUUCCGUGCCCUUGCACCGAACCCUUGUUUCUGUUCUCGCAAAGGUGCGGGCUUUCCGUUCAAUAAUUGGUGGGUCUUUCCUUAAACUCUGCGAGGACUAUGGUAACCGUGGCAAGGGGAAACGGUUCACCGUGUCGCGCGCGGUGUUGUCGGUUCUGGGUAUGCCCAAGUUGGGGUACCUGGUUGAUGUUGUUGAAGGUUGUGCUGUUGUGGUAGCUUGGGACGUGGUUCGUGGUUUAACCGGUGUCGUUUUUGAGAACAAUGAUGGAUUGGCUCGACCUUCCCCUAUUGUUAUGGAACAGUGUCAAGAGGCUUUGUCUUGCUUGUAUUACUUGCUGCAGAAGUUUCCUUCCAAGUUCAGGGAAUUGGGUAGUUCUGAGAAUGGUGUGGUUCUAGAAGAAUUAGAAGGCUAUUCAAGUGUUAUGGAGGGGAUUGUUAGUGUUGUUUUGAGCAUAUUGAAUUCCUCUGCGUUUUCCAGGGAUUGCUUUGUGGCUGCUGGGGUAGCACUCUGUGCAGCUCUUCAAGUUUGUAUCAGUUCACAAGAGCUUGGACUGGUCUUGUUUCAAGGUAUAUUUAACUUAAAGGCCUCGAAUUCGGAUGUUGGUGGUUAUUGUGAUAGUGAAUUUAGAAAUGCCAUUGAUAAAAUUCCUUGUAAGGGGGGUAUCUAUCAGGGAAUGUGUAGUCUUUCUGUGCUGAGUAGGCUUUGUCUUAUAAGAGGGAUUCUUACUUCAGUUUCUAGAAACUUGCUUAACACUCAUUUUGGUGAUGUAAAUGGCUACGAGGUUCGAAAAGACGGUGGAGUGCGUAUCAAGACUAUAUUGUAUGAUGGAAUUUUGCCUGAGCUAUGCAAGUAUUGUGAGAACCCUGUUGAUAGCCAUUUCAAUUUUCAUGCAUUGACUGUGAUGCAAAUUUGUUUACAACAGAUAAAAACAUUGAUGUUAUCGAAUCUUACAGAUUUGUCGGGAGAGUAUGAUCCUAUUCCUGCAGAAAUGGGGAUGCGGAUACUUAGGAUUAUCUGGAAUAACUUGGAAGACCCUUUGAGUCAAACGGUGAAACAAGUUCAUCUCAUUUUUGAUCUUUUCAUGGACAUUCAAUCAUCCCUUUGUUGGUCAGAGGGUGGUGACAAAAUAAACAAGUUUUUGCAGAAGAUCGGAUCAGAUAUUCUUUCCCUGGGGUCAAGAUGUAAGGGAAGAUAUGUUCCUCUAGCAUUGCUAACCAAGAGGUUGGGAGCGAAGAAAAUGUUAGAGAUGAACCCGAACCUUAUAUUUGAGGCAAUACAGGCAUAUGUCGAUGACGAUGUCUGCUGUGCUGCCACAUCAUUUCUCAAGUGUUUCCUUGAGUAUUUGCGUGAUGAGUGUUGGGAGACUGAUGGCAUUGAAGGUGGGUAUGCCCUCUAUAGAGGGCAUUGUCUUCCCCCAAUUCUGUACGGGCUAGCUUCUGGAUUCUCAAAACUUCGAACCAAUAUAAAUACUUAUGCUCUGCCAGUUUUACUGGAAGUGGAUGUGGAUAGUAUAUUUCCUAUGCUUAGUUUCAUUUCAGUUGGACCAAAUGGGGGUGAAAAUGAACUGCAAUAUCCAGAGCUUGUUUGUGUGAACAUGGAAUUGAAUCUUGAACAGAGAAUUGCAAUUCUAGUUUCUUUGCUCAAGGUAUCUCGGUCACUUGCUUUGGUUGAAGGGGACAUUGAUUGGUCUGAAAAUCCUUCAGCAGAUGAAAAAGAGCCUGGGCUGGGAACAGAAAGCCAUGCUCUUGUUUGCAUAAAGGGAAUAAAUGUUGAGAUCCAUGUUCAGUGGCUAGUAAAUGCAUUGACCCAUGUGGAUGAGUCACUACGUGUUGAUGCUGCUGAGUCUCUUUUCUUAAACCCCAAGACGUCUAGUCUGCCUUCUCAUUUAGAGCUAACUCUAAUGGAGGAAGCUGUGCCUUUGAAUAUGAGGUGUUGCUCUACUUCUUUUCAGAUGAAGUGGAGCAGCUUGUUUCGUAAGUUCUUCUCUAGGGUUCGAACAGCCCUUGAGAGACAAUUCAAGCAAGGAAGCUGGAACCCUCUUGAGCAUAAUAAAGCUAAUGAAGUGUAUCCUUUGAAAGGGAAUAAAGAAUUGGCAAUUAAAAGAGCAGAUGAUCUUUUUCGCUUUAUGAGGUGGUUGAGUGGAUUCUUAUUUUUCUCAUGCUAUCCUUCCGCUCCUUACAAGAGAAAAAUAAUGGCAAUGGAUCUCAUCUUGAUUAUGAUAAAUGUUUGGUCUAUUAAUCCGUCAAUUAGUGAGGAGUUUAAUAGUUCUUUGUCUGGAAAUCAUCUAUAUCCUUACAGUAAGGGAAUGACUUCAUCUGAUUCAACUCUAUUGUUAGUUGGUUCAAUUAUUGAUAGUUGGGACAGGUUGAGAGAGAGUUCCUUUCACAUAUUACUCCAUUUCCCAACCCCACUACCUGGAAUUUCAAAUGAAGACAUGCUGAAGAAGGUAAUUGAAUGGGCUAUGAAAUUAGUUUGCAGUCCACGUGUAAGGGAAAGUGAUGCUGGAGCUCUAACUUUACGGCUUAUUUUUAGAAAGUAUGCGUUGGAGCUAGGUUGGUUGAUUGAAGACUCAUUCAAGGUUGUCCAUUUAAGCUCAAAGUCUGAAUUGGUAAAUGAUGUUAAUCAGUCUAGUAAAUUGAGGAAUCCCGUGAUACUGUAUAUGAAAUCAAUGAUUGAUUGGUUAGAUGUUGCUGUAAGAAAUGGAGAGCAAGAUCUUUCUAAAGCAUGCGAGAGCAGCUUUGUCCAUGGUGUAUUACUCGCUUUACGUUAUACUUUUGAGGAAUUGGACUGGAAUUCGGAUGUCAUAUCGUCUAGCAUCUCAGAGAUGAGAUAUUUGUUGGAAAGACUUUUGGAGCUUGUUGUGCGGGUAACUUCAUUGGCACUUUGGGUGGUUUCUGCAGAUGCUUGGUAUCUGCCAGAAGACAUGGAUGAGAUGGUUGAUGAUGAUAAUCUUUUGUUGGAGAUACCAGAUCAUGAGCAUGAGCACAUGCCUUCAUCUGAAUAUGAGAACAAUAAUUCAAAGCCUUCCCAUGAUGUCAGAUCAUCGGAACAGAUUGUCAUGGUUGGUUGCUGGCUGGCUAUGAAAGAGGUGAGCCUUCUUUUGGGGACUAUUAUAAGAAAGGUACCAUUGCCAAGUAAUGCAUGUUCAGAUUUAUCUGAGACGGAGGGUUUUUCUGUUGAUAAUGCUGCCUUUUCAUCUAAUUCUGUGAUUGAUUUGGAACAACUUGAAACAAUUGGGAAUCACUUUCUAGAAGUUCUCUUGAAGAUGAAGCAUAAUGGUGCAAUUGAUAAGACAAGGGCUGGGUUCACAGCUCUUUGCAAUCGUUUACUUUGCUCAGAUGACCCAAGACUUCAUAGGUUGACAGAGUCCUGGAUGGAACAACUUAUGCAAAGAACUGUGGCCAAAGGACAAGUAGUGGACGAUUUGCUGAGAAGAAGUGCUGGAAUACCUGCUGCAUUUACUGCUCUGUUUCUCUCAGAGCCAGAAGGCACACCAAAGAAGCUCCUCCCACGGGCAUUAAGGUGGCUUAUAGAUGUAGGUAAUGGGUUUAUGCUGAAUCACAUUGAAACUGAUAGCUUGAAUGAUAACUCCUGCAAGUCAAAUGAUUCAACAAAAGAAAAUAAUUCUACACAGACAGAUGAAACAAAUGUGAGACAGAUGUUGUCAAAGAUCAGAGAUGAGGGUGUGAUUCCUACAGUGCAUGCAUUUAAUGUUCUAAGAGCUGCAUUCAAUGACACUAAUUUGGCCACUGAUACGUCUGGUUUCUCUGCUGAGGCUUUGGUUUUGUCUAUUCGCUCUUUCUCUUCACCAUACUGGGAAAUCAGAAAUAGUGCUUGUCUGGCUUAUACUGCUUUGGUUCGUCGCAUGAUUGGAUUCCUCAAUGUUCAUAAGCGAGAAUCAGUAAGACGUGCACUAACCGGGCUUGAGUUUUUUCAUAGGUAUCCAUCACUGCAUUCAUUUCUGUUCAAUGAACUGGAAGUUGCAACAGAGUUUCUGGGUCCUGCAUCUUCAGGGGAUUUAGAAUCCAUCCGGGGAAAUAAUCUGCAUCCAAGCUUGUACCCUAUUCUGAUUCUCUUAUCUAGGCUCAAGCCUUCAUCAAUUGCUGGUGAGACAGGAGAUGAGCUAGACCCUUUCCUUUUCAUGCCUUGGAUUAGGAGGUGCUCAACCCAAAGUAAUUUACGAGUUCGUGUUCUUGCAUCUAGAGCUCUAACAAGUCUGGUAUCAAAUGAGAAAUUGUCAUCAGUCCUUCUCAAUAUUGCAUCUGAGUUGCCCUGUGUAGAAAACCUAGUCAAAUCAGCUACUUUUCCUGUUGUUCCGUGUACAACUAAUGGUUCCUACAGUAUUUCCUUCAACUUAAUUCAUGGAAUUCUCUUGCAGUUGAGUUCUUUGCUGGAUAUAAAUUGUAGGAAUCUUGCUGAUAACUCAAAGAUGGAUCAUAUCAUUGGUGAAUUGAUCCAAAUUCUUAUGCUUCGGUCAGGGAUUGCAAGACCUACUCAUUGCCCGUGCCCUAUCCUCAAUGAAACAUUCUUAAGGGUUCUGGAUCAAAUGCUCAAUAUUGCAAGAACAUGCCAUAUGACCAAACAUUUCUAUUCCAUUCGCAACCUGCUUUUAGAGUUGUCAGCAGAAUGCUUAGAUUUAGAAUCUUAUGGCCUGUCGUAUUAUGACCCAACCAUUGCUGAACUUCGUGAACAAGCUGCCGUGUCCUAUUUUGGUUGUUUGUUUCAUGCAUCUAAGGAUGAGGAAGAGGUAAUCCAUUUGCCUAUGAGACAUUCCCUUCCCAGUUCUAAAUCAUUGCCUAAACAUGAAUUGGAGAAUGUUUCUGCUAGUCUUUUAGAUAGGUUGAUUCGCUGCUUGUCAGACUCAUUAUAUGAAGUUCGACUUGCAACACUAAAGUGGCUGCUGAAGUUCCUGAAAGCAGCCGAAUCUGGUGGUAAGGUCUAUGAUAUUUCCAGUAAUGACAUCAUGGUUGUUCAGAUCUGGGCAAAAGCUAACCUUCAUGAAACCUUGGUGAAGAUUUUGGCAUCAGAGAAGAACCAGAGGUGUACCUAUUACCUUCUGAGGAUCCUUGUAGCUUGGAAUUUGCUGCAGUUUGAAAAAGCAAGCCAUGACAAGUGCACUGGCACAAGUUAUGUUGGUGAAAUGGACUUUGACUCUGUGUCGCAAUUUUGGAACGAACUAGUUUCCUUGUACAAGCAAACAAGACAUGCAAAGACUCGAGAAAUCCUUGUUUGCUGUCUGGGAGUAUGUGCUAAGAGAAUUACAAUGUUAUUUGAAAGUUCUAUUCUGUCUGAUGAAGGAAUGGGAAAGUUUACUGUAUGUAGUGAAAUUAGUCAGGAGGAAAUGUUAGGUUGGUUGUUUGACUGCAUUGUUUUUUUCUGCAACAUGGUUAAACAAUGUAGUUCAUCAUCUGAACCAGCAAGUAUGCGCAAGGCAGCAGCUGAAUCCUUGAUAGCAUCUGGUUUGCUUGAGCAGGCUGGGCUCCUUGGCUCGUUUGUUUUUAAUAACCACAUUCCCGUGGGCACUUCAUCUUCUAGUUUUGAAAAAAAUGAAGCUGUGAAUUUGUAUGCUCAUCGUGUACUAGAUGCAUGGUACACAUGCAUCAGGCUUUUGGAGGAUGAAGAUGACUCUGUUAGAUUGAGGCUUUCCUCAGAUGUUCAGAAGUGUUUUACUUCAGAAAGAACUAGAAGCAACCUUCCUACUGGAUUGGUUCCAAUGCAAGUAGAUAGAGUGAUAAGAUUUUGUUUUGACCAUCUCUCUUUUAUUUUUGGUCACUGGAUUGAUUACUUCAAUUACCUUUGUCAAUGGGUAUUGCAUGCUAAUACCUAUGUAGCAUCCCAAGGAGAUCUUGUGAGGCGUGUUUUUGACAAGGAGAUUGACAAUUAUUAUGAAGAGAAGCUGUUGAUCAGCCAAAUUUGUUGCUCCAAUAUGGAAAAGCUACCUAUUUUGAAGUCCUGGGCUGACAAAGAUGAACUCAGGAGUUAUUUACAUGGAUGGAGAAUGAGAUUUUCCCAUCAAUUGGUGUCAUAUGCUGAAGAUCAUAUUGGGAAACAGGAAGGGAAUGAUUGGAUAGGAGGCGUGGGUAACCAUAAAGAUACAUUUUUACCCUUAUAUGCAAAUUUACUUGGUUUCUAUGCCCUUUCAAACUGCAUUUUCCUAGUGUCUGGCAAUGAUGAUGCCAAACAUCUUCUAUCUGAUGUAGUUGUGCUUGGAAAAACCAUCAAUCCAUUUCUUAGAAACCCUUUAAUUUCUAACUUAUAUACGUUAGUCCUAAAAUCACAUGAGAAAAUGACAUGUGAUGUUGGUAACAGCCUGUUCCCUGAGAUGGGAAAUGACUCCAUCUGGGAUAGUUUUAAUCCUUAUUUUCUUAUUGGCUAGGAUUUGUAUAUUAGCUGUAAUUUCUCAUGCAAGCCGUUUAUGGGAGGCUUGAGGAAGUUUUGGAAUUGUUAUACUAUUUUUCCCCAGUGUUGAUUAUGCAGAGCAGUUGUAACUA